AUGGCCGCUACCUAUAUUCCAUCCUCCCCUUCACAUUCUUAUACUAGAGAAUGUUAUUCAUUCUCUAGUGAUAGUGAAGAUGACUGUCAACAAGAUUAUAACGACCAAAGUCCGAGCAGAAAAUCUGUUCAAUUUUCGAGAUUUCUUGUCGUUCAUGAAACUUGGUGUAACGAUGAAUACGAUCGUACCUCCACAGAACCUGCACGUCUCAGCUUUAAGGAAUAUUCUGAACUUCUCCAAUUAAGGUGUGACCUACGACGUGAGAUGGAUAAAAUGAUGAAAGCUGCAGAAUCUGAGCAAUCAACAACAAAUAAUCAACAGCAAGACUAA